AUGGCAAUCAAGAAAUCCAUGAGCAACGACGACGUUGCGAUGGCCGACCCUCACCCGCCCGAAACCAGCGACACUCCUGAUCAAGGUGCAAACGCUGACGAAGAUGAAGCCGUGGAAAGUCCGCAGGAACUGGCGCAGCUCCGGAAAAAGGGCAUAGAAAAGGACAUUAGUGCACUGAACGAAAAGAAGAAAAACGACACCCUCAAGCGCUAUGCAUACCUGCUGGGACAAACCGAUAUCUUUGCGCACUUUAUCAACAUCAAGAACAUGAAGUCCGGCGACGCCAAGGCUCUGCUCGAGCUGCAGGCCAAGCCCGACGAGACCCAGACGAGCAAGGGACGGAGCACCCGACGAGGCCGAAAGACCGAGCAAGAGGAAGAUGCCGAGCUGCUACGAGAUGAGCUCCAGGAGGACGAAGAAGGCACAACCACCAUCACGGAAACGCCUGCAUACGUCAAGGGUGGGACGAUGCGCGAUUAUCAGAUGCAGGGCCUGACAUGGCUGGUUUCGCUGUUCGAUAACGGCAUCAACGGCAUUCUUGCGGACGAAAUGGGUCUCGGAAAGACGCUCCAGUCGAUCUCGUUCCUAGGAUACCUGAAGCACUUCAAGGGCAUUGCCGGGCCCCACCUUGUUAUUGUGCCAAAGUCGACUCUCCAUAACUGGGUCAGCGAGUUCCGCAAGUGGGUCCCGGAUUUGAAGGUGUUCAUGUUCCAUGGCAACAAGGAUGAACGAAGCAAGAUCAUCGAGACUCAGCUGCUUGGGGGUAGCUUUGAAGUCUGCGUCACAUCAUACGAGAUUGUGAUGCUCGAAAAGUCCAGCUUCAAGAAGAUCUCGUGGGCGUACAUUGUAAUCGACGAGGCUCAUCGCAUCAAGAACGAAAACUCGAGUCUCUCGGUGAUCGUGCGGACGAUCCAGUGCCGCAACCGCCUGCUUCUGACCGGCACGCCGCUGCAGAACAAUCUGCACGAGCUGUGGUCGCUGCUGAACUUCCUGUUGCCGGACGUGUUCAGCUCCUCUGAAGACUUUGACAAAUGGUUCGAGACACAGGGCGGUGACCAAGACAAGGUCGUCUCCCAGCUCCACAAGGUUCUCCAACCAUUCCUGCUGAGACGAAUCAAAGCCGAUGUGGAAAAAUCGCUUCUGCCCAAGAAGCGCAUUAACCUCUACGUUGGACUGAGUGCCAUGCAGCGUCAGUGGUAUCAGAAGAUUCUCGAGAAGGACAUUGAUGCCGUCAAUGGUCUCGCCGCUGGAGGAAAGCGCGAGGGCAAGACCCGCCUUCAGAACGUGGUCAUGCAGCUCCGCAAGUGCUGCAACCACCCGUACCUGUUUGAUGGAGCCGAGCCUGGCCCGCCUUACACGACCGACGUCCACCUGCUCGAGAACUCGGGCAAGAUGGCGAUCUUGGACAAACUCCUGGAUCGCCUCAAGGCGUCAGGCUCGCGCGUCCUGCUUUUCAGCCAGAUGAGCCGCAUGCUUGAUAUCCUGGAGGACUACUGCUGCUGGAAGGGAUACAACUACUGCCGCAUCGAUGGCAACACCUCGCAUGAAGACCGUGUCAACAGCAUCGAUGCAUACAACAAGCCCGAUAGCGAAAAGUUCAUUUUCCUGCUGACGACUCGUGCCGGUGGACUUGGCAUCAACCUGGCCACGGCAGACAUUGUCAUUAUGUACGACAGCGACUGGAACCCCCAAGUGGAUUUGCAAGCCGAGGAUCGUGCCCAUCGUAUCGGCCAAAAGAAGCAAGUCGUUGUGUUCAGGUUCAUCACCGAGAAUGCGGUCGAGGAGAAGAUCAUUGAGCGAGCCACACAAAAGCUCCGGCUCGACCAGCUUGUUAUCCAGCAGGGACGAAACGUGCAGCAGUCUAAAGCUGCGUCCAAGGAUGAGCUGCUUACCAUGAUCCAGCACGGCGCGCACAGCAUCUUUGCGUCGACUGAUAGCACCGUGAGCAACGACGACAUCGAGGAUAUCUUGCUUCGCAGCGAGGAAAAGACGGCUGAGCUCGAAGCCAAGUACAAGGACGCCGGUCUGGACGACCUCCAAAAGUUUACCAGCGACGGCAGCGUCUACCAGUGGGAAGGCUCUGAUUUCCGCUCGAACCAAAAGGGCGCUCUUGGCUUUGGAUGGAUUGGUCCCUCGCAGCGCGCCAAAAAGACAUCGGGCUAUGGUGUUGAUGCCUACUACAAAGAAGCCCUGCGAAUCGGCAACAAGCCUGCUGGCACCAAAGCUCCAAAGCCCCCGCGAACAGCCCUUGCGAGCGACUUUCAAUUCUAUCCCACUCGGCUUUUGGAGCUGCAGGAGAAGGAAACCCUUGCCUACCGGAAACAAAUUGGAUACAAAGUUCCAAAGGACAGCGACACGACCGACCCCGAACAGGAGAAGCAGAAGCGGCUGCGAGAGCAGGAGCGAAUCGACAAUGCCGAGCCACUCACAGAGGACGAAAUCCAAGAGAAAGAGUCGUUUGCCAACCAGGGAUUCGACUGGUCGAAGCGCGACUUUAGCAGCUUCAUCAAGGGCAACGAGAAGUGGGGCCGUCAUAACAUCGAGGCCAUCGCCAAGGAAAUGGAGGGCAAGGAUCCCGAGGAAGUCCGUCGAUACUCGCAGGUGUUCUGGUCUCGCUACAAGGAGCUUGCCGACUGGGAGAAGCUCGUUGCUAGAAUUGAAGAAGGAGAGGCCAAGCUCCAGAAGCAGCAAGAGAUCCAAGAUAUGCUGACGGCACGGAUUGGCAAGCUUCGCCUUCCGCUGCAGCAGCUCAAGAUCGUCUAUGGCACCAGCAAGGGUAAAAACUACACCGAAGAGGAGGAUCGUUUCUUGCUCGUGGCCCUCGAGAAGCUGGGCUACGGAAGCGAGGAGGUUUACGAAAAGAUCCGCGAAGAGAUCAAGCGGUCGACCCUAUUCCGGUUCGACUGGUUCUUGAAGUCCCGCACGGCAGUGGAAAUCGGUCGCAGAUGCACAUCGCUCAUCUCGCUGAUGAUGAAAGAGUCGGACCACAACGACGACAAGGAGGACGGACAGGACGAGCCGCCCAAGAAGAGAAAGUACACCAAGAGAGAGCCCAAGGAGAAGGAAGCUGUCGGCCCGUCCUCCAAGCGCAAGAAGAACUGA